AUGUCUUAAGAAGAAUAUGAAGAUUUUGAAGAUUAUAUAUAUUGUGAUGAAAAACAAAAUGAAGAAGAAUAAGAAGAUAUAGAAAAUAUUGUAUUUAAUGUGAAAGAAAGUAAUAUUUAAAUUGAUUAUAUAAGCUACUUAAACAUAAUAAUAUAUUUAAAUAGUAGAUACCAAUAAAAUCGAUGAUCCAUACUUUUUACAAUUAUUAUAGGAGUUCAAUUUCCCUCAAAUAGAAGUUACUAUACUUUCAGAUAUUUCUAAUUUUUAUUAGAGAUUAGCAAAAUUAUUCAAUAAUUGUGCAAACAUGUUUGAAUUAGUAUCUUUAGGAUCAUAAGGUAACAAUAAGUAUUAUAAAUAGAAAAUAAAAGUGAAUUUUUGGAUUAAUUAUGUAGAAUUUUGAAAUUGGUGUUUUAGAUUUAAGAAAUAGGUUAAUAUUCUGAAUUUUCAUAAUAAAUAUUUUAACAUUUAGGAAGUUAAGGUCAUAAAAUAGGAUAUCUAAUAAAAAGUGAUUAAUAAUUAGUAAAGUAGUUAUUGGGAUUGAUACUUAAGGAGGAAUCAAUUUAAAAAGAAGAAGAAGAUAAAUUUUAAAAGAUUCGGCCCAACUUACUUAGAUUUUUGAUGUUUGCAAUAAAUCCUCCUUAACCUUUUGUUCCUUUGAUAUCUUCAAGAACACUUUAAACAUUAAUAGUAAAUAAAAUAAAUGAUGGAUUAUUUGAUACAUCAUUUGAGAAGCCUUUAAAAUUAGAUAUUUUGGCAUUAUCAUACUUUUCAGAAUAAACAUUAAAUAUUUCUCUCUAUAAAGAAAUCAUAGUAACAUUAUCUUCUAUUUUUGAAAGGUAUUUAAUGAUGUAAAUAUUAUUAGUUUACUUGAUUAAAAGAAUUCAUAGUAUUUAAAUCAUUAAUUGAUUAAUUUACUUUAAUUCUUUCUUGCCUUUACAACAAAUUAAACUAUUCUCAAUACAUUGUUUAGUAAUAAUUUUCAAAGAACCCUAUACAAUUCUAUAAGAUUUUCAUAAACUUUAUUUGGAACUUUUAAUCCUCCUUAAUGGUCUAAAGAACCUUUAAUAAUUGAUGCUAUGGUUAAUUUAAUUGUAAGAAUUAUGAGUAUAGAUAAAGUGGAUAAGAUUUUACUUGAAACAUUAUGUGAUGAUUUUAUAUUUCUUUUGGAAAAAUAGAAAUUCGAUUUUAUUUAUAGAGUUAUACUUCCAAUACUUAAUAGUGAAUAAGUAAGAUUAAUACCUGUUUGUUUUCAUCCUAGAUAAAGUAUAUAAGAAUGUAAAAUUUAAGUGGAGAAUUCUCUACUUGCUCAUAAAAGAAUAUUUUUAUCUUAAUCUAGUUUAAUUACUGAUAUAUUAACUAAGAAAUAAUGUGAAUAACUUAAUAAGAUUGUUCAAGAUCAUUUAAAAUCAGUAAUACCACAAAUCAUUACUUAGGAUUAGAGUUAAUAAUAAUUAUAAUAAAAUGAUAAUUAAUCUAUAUUGAAAGGAUCAUGGGUCCAAUUACAUAAAUUUAAUCCUUUAAAUCCUCAUUUUGGUUCUUAGAUUUUAUUAGAAAUUUUAGAUGAUAGAAAUAAUGUUUUAUUUAUUUUUGAUUUAAUGGCAGGUGAUGAAAAUGUAAGAUUAGCAUGUUUUAUUAAUAAUAUCAUUUCAGAUAAGAAAUAACAUAAUUAUAUUUAAGCUAGAUCAAAUAGUUAAUCUUUUUACGUUAUGAUGGUUUAAGAUGAUUACUUUUGGUAUGUUAAUUCAUUAGAUAAAAAACAUCAUGUAAUCUUGGAUAUUUAAUAAAAUAUGUUAUAAAUUAGUCAUUACAAUCGUCCUAUUGCAUGUAUUAAUUUUCUAGAUUUUUAAUCUUGUAAAUUUGGAUUCCCAUUUGAAAAGAUAUAGUAAAAAACAUUAAUUAUUGAUUAAAUUAAUUCUGCUAUGGUUGGAUAAGAUUGUGAUUUGAUUUAAAUUGAAAUCUGGACUUUUGAUGAAACUAAAGAUCUCAUUUAAACAACUGAAAUCUCAGAAAUACUUUAAAAUAAAAGUUAUACUUAAUAAUUAAAUUAUUAUCUUUCAUAAUUUAGAUUCUAACCUAUUCAUUUAAUUCCACAUUAUUUGACUGAUUCAGAAUUUUCAACUUAAUUAGAUGAAAAGAUUAACUUCUCAUUACUUAAGGAAAAUUAAAUUAAUGACAUUCUUGUCAUUUAACCUAUUCAACAAUUGAAAUUCAAAAAACAAUCUUAAAAGCCUCUCUUAGAUUAUUUUUAAACAUACAUAGGUGGUAUUAAUAAAAUCAUGGAAUAAAUCAAUAAGCAUUUGUAUAUUGUUAAAGCAGAUUAAGUUUAUAAGCAAUUAUUUAUUGAAUUAGAUUGUCUAUCUGAAAUUUGUGGUUUCUCAUAAUUCAUCCUUUAAACUGAUGGUUUUUUAUAAUUACUACUUGUUGUAGCAUUCUUAAGAAAUUAAAAGGAAGGUAAAGAAGCUUACAAUAAAGUCAUUCAAUUUAUGUAUUAAUCAAUGUCAAAUUUGUUGGAUUAGACUCCUAAUUUGAAAAAUUAAGCAUUGAUGAAAUCCAGAAUUUAAAUUAGCAUAAUUAAUAGAAUAGACUCUUAUUUAAAUUUAUUAAAUCGUAAACCAUAACCAUAAUUCUAAAUCAAUUUUGAACUGAAUAAAAUCGUUAAUCCAAAACAUUAGGAAAUUUCAAAGGGUAAACCUAAAGGUGUUGGAUAUGGGGAUAGUAAUUAUUAAAAAUUUGCAUUUUCAAGUAAUUAAAAUUCAGAUGUUACUAAAAGAUAAAUUGAGAUUUAAUAAAAUUAGUAAGAGAUUAAUCUAGAAACUUUGCUUAGAUGUUUACGAAUCUUGAUUGAUUAAAAUUAUAAGAAUCCCAAAGUUGUUUCAUGUUUUUAAGAAACAUUAAUUUUAAAUUUCUUAAUAAAGUACUUUUAAAAUAUAAAUAUAACUUCAAUUUAAAAUUCCAAAGUUUUUAUUGAAAUAUUAAGAAUAAUUGAAAUUUUGGCUUAAUCAUCAAAUACUUUAGAAUUGUUUUUAAUUAAUGAUUAAUAAAGUUUGUUUAAAUAAUUGGAAAAUUUUUAUUAAUAGGCAAUCAUGUUUAUAAAAACAUUUAAUUCUAAGAUAGAUGAAAUAAAUAAGUUUAUGGAAGUAUAUAAUUAUGUUGAGACAUGUUUAUAUGCAGCAAAAAUGAUUACUAUAACGUAUAUAAAUAAAGACUGUUAAAAUUAGAACGAUGAAUAAAUCAGUAUGCAUUAAUUUUAUAAUCCAUUUAUGAAAAAAUUGGCAGUUGAUAAAUGUGAGAUAUAAAAUGAUCCAAUAUAUUUGAAUGUAAUGAAAGAGUAUUAUUAAAAUACAAAUAAUCCAAAUUAAGUAAAAAUGUAGAAAUUGAUAUAAGAAAUUUCGAAUUUAGAGGAGAAUCUUCCAAUGGAAGCAACUAAUUCUAUAUUUUUGAGAUAUGAUAAGGAUAGAAUGGAUUGUAUGAGAACAAUAAUUUUUGGAUCAAUUGGUACACCAUAUGCACAUGGAGCAUUUUUAUAUGAAAUGUAUUUUGGGGAAGAUUAUCCAAAUAGACCACCGAAGAUGAAACUAUCUACAACUGGACAUGGGAAGGUUAGAUUCAAUCCAAAUUUGUAUCAUUGUGGAAAGGUAUGUUUGAGUUUAUUGGGAACAUGGGGAGAUAGUUGGAUAGUUAAUUUUUCGACUAUUUUAUAAAUUUUAAUAUCCAUAUAAUCAAUGGUUAUGUGGGAGAAUGUAUUGUUUAAUGAACCAGGAUGGGAAUCUUUAAUGGGUACUACAGAUGGAGAAUAGUCUAACAGAGGCUAUUGUAAUUUUGUUAGAGUAUAGAAUAUUAGAUAUGCAAUGAUUGAAUAAUUAUAAACACCUCCUAAGGGAUUUGAAGAAGUUAUUUAUAAGAGUUUUUAUUUGAGGAAGGAUUUGAUUAAAAAUGAAAUAGAAUAAUGGAUUGAGUAAGCAGAUCUACCUGCUACUUAUUAAAAAACAUAAAAUCAAUGUAAUUAUGGUACAGCUCCUGGUGUUUAUAAGUAAGAAUUAAUUAAGGUUUAUGAAAAAUUGAAAGUAGAAUUAGAAAAAUUGAAAUUUAAUAUUGGUAGAGAUUUUUAAACUAUUUAAAAUGAAAAUAAAAAAUCAAUUACAAUUAAUUAAAAUUAUGUUAGAUAAGUAGAAUAACAAGAAUUAAAUAAUAUGUAAAUGCCUUAAGGAUUAAACUUGAAUGAUAUAGAUAUUACAUAUGAGGAUAAUUUAUAAUAAAGAUAAUUUGAUUCAAAUGAUUAAAACUUAUAGAAUUUAAUGAGUAGAUAUAUUGGAGUAGUAGGUUUGGAUGCAGUAAAAAAACAAAGUGAGUCAACAGUUUUUAUACAUGGUCUUAAUGGAUUAGGUAUUGAAAUUGCUAAGAAUAUUGUUUUAUCUGGUGUUAAGAAACUUAUUAUAUAUGAUCCUAUUUAAGUUUAAUUAUCUGAUUUAGGAACUAAUUUUUAUUUAAGUCAAGAAGAUAUUAAUUAUCGUAGAGAUGAAAGAGUACUUAAUAAAUUAAAAUAUUUGAAUCCAUAUGUAAGAAUUGAGAUCUUUUAAAAUAAUAUUCAAGAAAUCAAUUUGAAUGAAAUUUAAGUAUUCAUUACAUAAGAUCCUAAAUUAGCAUCUGAAAUAUCUAAUUAAAAUAAAGUAGCAGUUAUAUUGGCAUAAACAAGAAAUAUAUUUGCAAGAAUUGUAACAGAUUUUGGUAAUGAAUUUAAUAUUGUUGAUAAAGAUGGAGAACAAUUAUCAGAAUUAAUGAUUAAUGAUAUUCAAAAUAAUUUAGUUACUUUAUUUUAGAAUUAAAAUCAUAAUUUAAAUGAAAAUGAUUUUGUUUUAAUUUAAGAAGUUAGACAAUUUGAAGGAUAAAAUGAAUCAUACAAUUAAAAAUUUCAAAUAAAAAAUGUUAAAAGAAAUUCAUUUGAAUUGAUUACUGAUAAAAUAUUCUGCUCUUAUAAAAGUCAUGGUGUUGCUUAUUAAUAAAAAUAAAUAGUUAGAUUGUCAUUCUAAAGAAUUUAAAAUGUUUUAAAUUAAUUUUCUAAUUUCUGUGAGAAUAUGGAAAUGUUAGAUAAAUUAGGUGAGAUUAAACGUAAUUUAAUACAUUUUUGUUUAAAUCAUACAGAAUAAUUAAAUAAUGAUUGGAAUUUAGAUAAGAUAAAAUUGUUUAUUAAUAAUAUAUAAUCUUGUCAUUUAGAUCAAAGACUUAAUGAAUAAUAUAAUGAAGAUGUCUUUAAUAAAUAUAAAGAUGAAUUAAUGCCUCUGUUAGUAUUAUUAUCAAUUAAUACUUUAUUGCAACCAUUAUGUGCAUUUAUUGGAGGAAUGGCAGCUUAAGAGGCUCUGAAAGCUAUAAAUAAAAAAUAUACACCAAUACAUUAAGUUUAUGUGUAGUCAUUUGAUGAUUUAUUACCUUUUAAUUUAAAGGAAUUGAACAAUUUAGAAAAAGAAUAUCAAUAGUUUUUAUAAAAAUAUGGAAUAAAUAAGAAUGUGAAUUCUAGAUAUCAGGAUUUAAUAAAUACUGUAGGAAGUAUAGAAAAUUUGUAUAAAUCAAAUGUUUUUGUAAUUGGUGCUGGUGCAAUAGGUUGUGAAUUAUUAAAAAAUUAUGCACUUUUGGGUAUUGGUAAGAAUGGUAGUAUUUAUGUAACUGAUCCAGAUGUGAUUGAGAAUUCUAAUCUUAGUAGAUAAUUCUUGUUUAGAGAGAAACAUAUCAGAAAACCUAAAAGUUUGACAGCUGCAGCAGUGGUGAAAUAGAUGAAUCCAGAUAUUAGAAUUGUAGCCAGAUUAGAUAAAGUAUGUUAAGAGAGUUAAGAAAUAUAUCAUAAUGAAUUUUAUAAAUAAAUGAAUUGUGUUACCAAUGCUUUGGAUAAUGUAUAAGCAAGAUUAUAUGUGGAUUCAAAAUGUAUUGAGAAUGAUAUUUGUUUAAUUGAAAGUGGAACAUUAGGGACAAAAGGGCAUGUAUAAACGAUAAUUCCUAAAUAAACUGAAAGUUAUGCAAGUUAAUAAGAUCCAGAAUAAAAUAAUGAUAUUCCUUAUUGUACUUUAAAGAUGUUUCCGGAAACAAAUUUACAUUGUUUAGAAUGGGCAAGAGAUAAAUUUGAAUAAUAUUUCUAUCGUAAACCAGCAGCUUUAUUAUAAUUGAUGUAGGAAGCUACUCCAUAAAAAUAGAGUAUAGAUUUAGCAUUAAGAAUUUUAAAGAAAUAUCCAAGAUCAUUUUAAGAAUGCCUUGAAUUAGGAGUAUAGAAAUUUUAGAAAUUAUUCAUACUUGAUAUAUAAGCUUUAAUUAAUACUUAUCCUUUGGAUUCUUUAACAAAAGAAGGUAAAUUAUUUUGGUCACCACCAAAGAGAAUACCGAAAAUUAUUGGUUUUAAUGAAUCAGUAGCAUUAAAAUUUGUAGAAUAUUAUGCUAUUCUUACAGCUUAAAUCUAUGGUAUAAAGAUACCAUAAGAAUAUGAUAUGAGUAAAAUAGAUACUAAAUUAUUAAAUUAAUAAUAAGAGAAGAAGAAUAAUAAGAAAAAAGAUUUAGAAAUAAAAUAAUCAAAGAAUUAAAUAGAAUAAUAAGAGGAAAUUUAGGAUUAUGAUCAAUUAUAUUGUGAGGCAAGAAGUUUAUUAGAUAAAAUUAAACCUAGUUUACCAUAACCUUAAUAAUUUGAGAAAGACGAUGAUUUAAAUCAUCAUGUAUCAUUUAUAACUUAAGCUACAAAUGGAAGAGCACUUAAUUAUGGAAUCUAAUAAGUAGAUUGGAUGUGGACCAAAUUAAAAGCAGGCAGAGUAUUAUUAUGUUAAUAUAUUUUAGAUCAUACCAGCUAUGUCAACUACUACAUCUUGUAUUGCAGGUUUAUAGACUAUAGAAUUAAUAAAAAUAUUAUUAAAAGGAAAUCAACCUAAAAAUACUUUUAUGAAUUUAGCUAUUCCAUCACUUACAUAAAGUGAACCUGGAGAGGUUAAAAAGGUAUUAUUAUUAUUUAUUUUAGAAAAAAUUACAAAAUGGUAUGGAAAUCACUAUCUGGUCUAAAUUUUAAUUAGAAAUUAAUAAAUCUUUAGAGCCUUUGUCCUCUAUUUUAAAAAAAUUGGAAAAUCUAUUUAAGUCAUAAAUUAUUAGCAUUUAAAAAGGAGCAAAAGUUAUCUAUUUAUUUUAGAUGUUACCAAAAGACAAAACUGAAUUGUACAAUUUUCUUAAUUCUCCAAUUUCUUAACAUCUAUAAUUUAUUAAUGAUGAAUCAUUAAUCAAUGUGUAACUCUUAGAUUCUUCUUGGGUUGUCGUUAAUCUUAGAAUUAUCUGA